AGGAGUUCGCAUCUAUCUGCAAGAGGUCGUGCUUUUGACCCACAGAAACUUACGAGUGACCUUGGUCGAUGCAUUUAGUGUUUUAAUCAGUUGGAAAAACCUGAGGGUGCCUUUGACAAAUUUUUUUACUGAAUCACUUGAAAACUGUUAAAACUUGUGUCUUUGAACAGGAAAUAUAACUAACAGUGACUUAAAUAGCUGUGGACAUUAUGUAACGUGAGCAAGAAAUUCUUAACUGGUCCAGCAAAUGAAGUAAUAAUCUGAGGGACGAUCGCCACGGCUGAACACGACCCAAAAUGGCUGUUAUGACAUCAUGCUGUUUCUGUUUCUCGACUCGCACAGGCACCAUUGCUUUGGGGCUCUUGUCUCUGGUGACAUCCUUUUGUACGUGCGUCGGUCUCUGCUUCGCUCUCAUCAAUGUUGACAUCCUGGCUCACGACAUGAAACAGGGCCACGACGACUACAAAAUCUCACUCGACAGGAACAUGACAGAGCCCAGAUACAAGAUCAUCGACGACCUCAUAGGAGUCAGGGUCAUAUACGAAAAUUUAAAAGCAAUCAUCAUCGCACUUAUCGUCUUCUAUGCUUUCUACACCUUCGCUUCACUCUUCAUGACCUACGGUUCAUGCACGGGCCUACGGAAGCUACUCCUCCCUUGGAUCGUCUUAGAAUUCGGGUUCUUCGCCGUGCAAGUUGCAAUCAUUAUCAUCCUCUUUGUGUACGGAAAGAACGACCCCACUCUCUCCAAGGGCGGCGCUUACAUCAUAGCCGGUAUCCUCAACAUCAUAGGUUUCGUGAUCCACGUGUACUGGUGGAUGUGCCCCGUCGCCCACUACCAAACCCUGACCGAAGAGACCAUGAUCGAGGCCCUCGUGCCCCCGAGCCACCCCAUGUACCCGGAGGCCUUCAUGAAGUACUGAGAUGACACCGGAAUCCGGCAAAGACGCCCUCCGCCGGGGAAGGAAGGGCAGCUGGAUUCCGAGUGAAGGAUUCUCGAAAAUUUUGGAAACGAAGAGGGUUUGGGACACUGUGAGCUUCGUUAGGGGCUCGACAGGGUUGCAUGAUGGUGGUGCAUUUUCAUGAAACGUGGUUAUAUAUAUAUAUAUAUAUAUAUAUAUAUAUAUAUAUAUAUAUAUAUAUAUAUAUAU